CUUUUAUCUCCUCCAGACAAAGAGUAUUUUUGACAGUCCCUUCAAUUUUCACGUAAAAUCGUGCAAAAACCGUCGAAAACAGUGAAAAUAGCCGACGGGAGUGAAAAUUGCGGUUGCAACGAUGUGAUUAGAAGUGACAAGCGUGCCGCGAUACGACGAAAAAACGCAUGUGUGCCCCUCUAACCUACAAUUAAUUUUUUUCACUGUGCCAAUUGUUAUUUCCCUGGGUUUUUCGUUUGUUUUAUAGAGAAGCUCGCUGUGAUUCGUUAGGUUUUUUUUGGAUCGUAUCUAUAGAGGCCGAGUGCAAUUAUUGACCAAUGAUACCGAUGCAACUUAAAAUCAUCCGUAUUUUUGAACCAAUAGAUAUUUGUGGUGUUAAUGGGAGUAAGCUGUGGAAAAUCAAAGGAUAAAGUUAAAGAGAUGGCCGCCAGUUUUCCCAACAUAAAUCUCACCAACUCCCUAAAGGGCCUGGUCAGCAAGAAACGGAACCGCUACAAGAAGGACGGCUUUAAUUUGGACUUAACCUAUAUAACCGACAACAUAAUAGCGAUGGGCUAUCCGGCGUCAAAGAUAGAGGGCGUCUAUCGCAACCACAUCGACGACGUUGUCAAAUUUCUCGACACCAAACACAAGGACCACUACUACAUUUACAACCUGUGCUCGGAGCGCAGCUACGACAAGACGAAAUUUCACAACAGAGUAAAAGUGUUUCCGUUCGACGACCACAACCCGCCCAAAAUCGAGUCGAUCGAGCCGUUCUGCAACGACGUGUGCAGCUGGCUGGCCGGCGACAUCGGCAACGUCGCCGUGGUGCACUGCAAGGCCGGCAAAGGCCGCACCGGCACCAUGAUCUGCUGCUACCUGCUGCACGCGAACAAAUUCGACACGGCCGAGCAGGCGCUCAGCUACUACGGCUCGAAACGCACGCAGGACAAGAAGGGAGUGACGAUACCGAGCCAGGUGCGCUACGUGCAGUACUACGAGACGCUGCUGCAGCGGAACCUCAAGUACAAACCGGUCCCGAUGUACAUAAAGGAGUACCUGCUGAGCCCGCCGCCGAACCUGGCCGGCGGCGGCCAGUACUCCGUGCAGGUGAGCAUCUCGCACCAGACUUACCUGGAGGACGGCAUGCCCAAGUGCAAGAAGCUCAAGGACGACGUGCACGAGGUGAAGAAGGGCGCUGCGCCGUUCUCCAUCAAGCCCGACUACUGCAUGGCUCUGACGGGCGACAUCAAGGUGGAGUUCUACCAGAAGACGAAGAUCCGCGAGGAGAAGCUGCUGCAGUUCUGGUUCAACACGUUCUUCGUGGCCGAUCGGUGCGCGAGGCGGUCGAGUAACGGCGAGAACAACGGGUGCGGCGUCGUCGGGGGCGGGGAGGGUAAAAGUGACGAGUUGUACGAGAUGUGUUUGCAGAAACACCAGCUGGACAUUGUGAGCAAAAAGGACAAACAGAAUAAACAGUUUAGUGCCGAUUUCAAAUUGACGGUCAUACUACAGAGAAUACCGUGCGUGGACGGGGUGGCGAGCGAGGACGGCCUCCCCCCUUUAGCCUACAUCAACAACAGGGGCGGCGUCGGGGUGGGAGCGGGCGGCCAGGACUCCCCCAGCGACAUGUCCGAGUCGAGCUCGAGCUUCUCCAACGACGACGACUGGGAUAGCGGUGAGGCAAACAAUCUAUUACAGCUACACAACACGAGAUCUAGACGUGAAUAAUAUAAUAUUACGAUUUAGAUUAUUUUCUGAUUUUUUUUUCUUUCUGAACGAUGAUUAGUUAUGAACAAUGGCGAAAAAUGUGACAAAAU